UCGACAAAUUAUCUACAAACAAAAUAGAGAAUUGGAACAUUCAGUAUCAUUUCGUUGUUAGUUUAUAACUUUAGAAUGGGUAAUGCAUUGCAAUUCCCAAGUGACGACGAGGAUGUUUGGGAGUUCCCCGAGGACUACGAUGUGAUAAAUUUUAAUGUCGACGCAAUGGACGUGCAAUUGCGACGUCCAAAUUACAUACCAAACAAGCUGCCUGUAAUUCUAAACAAACCAAAUCUGGACAAAUUUCAAAAAACAGACAUGUAUAAAGAAAUAAAGGCACGCAGCAGUUUGAUUAAUAAGAAAUCGCGAGAACAACGCUGGAAUCUGUUGAACGCGCUGCAACAGCGUGAAAAUGGAAUUACAGCGCCUGGUUAUUCAUCAUUCUCGCCCAGUCAACAGCGCUUCUUGUCCAACUUCUAUAUACCCAAUCAGAAGGCAAUGCGACUGAUGUCUUUGGACGCCAAAGUGUUUGUCUCCAAGUUCAAUAAAAGCGGCAGCAAACUGUUAACAGCAUGUCAAGAUGGCUUUGUGAGGAUUUACGAUGGCUCCAAAGGCACUUACCACUUGAUCAAUCGUAUUAACGCACGUGACGUACAAUGGAGCAUUACCGAUGCUGAUUUCAGUCCGAAUGGACAGCACUUUGCCUACUCCACCUGGUCACGCUCAUUCUACAUCAUGCCCGUGAAUGGCACCGACGACGACUGUCAGUGGAUCGAUGUGGACGAUACGUCUAGCAGUCGUGUGGCUAUCUUUUCACUGCGCUAUUCGCCCACUGGCGAUAAGAUCAUUGGUGGCAGUGGAAAUUCUACGGUUAUUAUUGGUGAUGUUGCCACGCGUGCCACACAAAUCUUACGCACUCAUCGCGCGCCUGAUAUUGAUGUGAAUGCUGUUAGCUUUGUGAAUGACAAGGAUCCCAAUAUUAUCAUUGCUGGCUGUGAUGAUGGCCUUCUGAAAGUAUUCGAUUUGCGUACGUCAUUUCGUUCUCGUUAUCUAAACAAAUCCGUGCUAUCAUUUAUUGGGCAUUAUGACGGCAUAACGUACAUUGAUCCCCGCAACGAUGGUUAUCAUGUGUUGUCUAAUUCCAAGGACCAAAGCAUUAAGAUCUGGGACAUGCGCCUACCCAACAGUCACCGUAAUCGUCCGGCUUCUCGCUCACAUCUGAAUUCGAAGGCCAGGUGGGAUUAUCGCUGGGAUCGCGUGCCACGCGAAUUUUAUAAUCCACACAAAGCGCUCGAUGGCGACAGCAGCAUUAUGACUUAUCGUGGCCACCGUGUGAGCAAAACUCUGCUUCGCGCCAAGUUCUCGCCUGCGGAGCAAACUGGCCAGCGUUUCAUUUAUACCGGUUGUGCUACAGGUCGUAUUAUAAUUUACGAUGUGCUUACGGGCAAAAUUCGUGAGGCUAUCGAGGGGCAUCGCAAUGUUAUACGUGAUUUGGAUUGGCACCCAGUGCGGUCCGAGAUUGUGUCCAGCUCGUGGGAUUCACAUGUGCAUCUGAACAACUUUAAGAGGAAUAUGGCUCCAGUGUCGCAUAAGCGACGUCGUAGCUCCGCGCGAGAUAAUUUGCCAUUGCGGCGGUCGCGUCGCCUGGCUAACAGAUCGGAUUCAACUAGCAGAGCAUAAUGUUUUGUAAACAUACUGUAUAGGAUACACAUUACAAUUAACGUUAGUUUAACACUACUAUUACUUUGGCUAUGCAAAUGGAAUCAAUACAUAAGUUUUAAAUUACAAAUGGAAUCAAUUUAUAAGUUUAAGUUACCACACGCGCUAAACACCUGUAAGCUGUAAACCAAAACACAAAAGUCCCUCUUGGUUCAAUGAACAAGACUGAAGACACGGCACACAGAAGAGAGAGAGCAGAAGAGGGAGCGCUGUUGAUUCG